AUGACAGUACAACAGGCAGAAUCUUCCCCAAACCCAGAAAGGGAGCCAGAUUGGCAGCUAGAAGCAUGCCGACAAGGACACAUGCAGUCCACUAGAAGCCAAGUUAGCAGCAGAGCAGGGGACAAGUGCAAAGCUACUGAAUUCAGCAAGAUGAAAAAUAGGUUCUUAGAUCUACAAAAUCAAAAGUAUGUCACACAAGAAAACGAAAACCCACCUGAAGAUGAAAUAGUUCAGAAGAAGCUGCUGGUGGAUCAAAUGUUUAAAUAUUUUGACUCUGACAACAAUGGACUUGUAGACAGUAAUGAACUAUCUCAGGUAAUAAAACAGGAUGAACUUGGCAAGGAUCUGUCUGACUGUUCACUGUUUGAUCUGCUGAAAUAUGAUGACUUUAACUCGGACAAGCACCUAGCCCUUGAAGAAUUCUACAGAGCGUUCCAGGAUGACUAA